GGCAACAUUGGAAUGAGCUCAAUCAAAUUAAUUCAAACGGACUCACCCUCCGAGUCCCAACAAACUCAAUCUUAUUUCACAAGAAAAACCAAAACCGAAGUUAGUUACGUGAAAAACCCAAACGUAAUCCAACACCAAUUCUUCCUCCUCUCCUAGCUAACCAAGUACAAGCCUACAACCCCCUCUUGCCCGCUUAUAACGACCCCUCGCACCCCCAGCCCUAUCAAACCAAACGAAGAGGCGGGAGAGGGAGAAAGAAGUGGAGGCGUUCUCAUGGACCUCCAAAGGUCCGAGUCCGUCCCCACGCCGCCCAAAAGCCACCACCAGCCGGAGGUUCUCCUCGGCAAAUACGAGCUCGGCCGCUUUCUCGGCCGCGGCGCCUUCGCCAAGGUCUACUUUGCCCGCUCCCUCGCCGACGGCACCGGCGUCGCCGUCAAGGUCCUCGACAAGCCCCAGCUCCUCCGCACCGGCAUGAAGUCCCAAGUCCUCUGUGAGGUCUCCGCCAUGCGCCGCCUCUCACAUCCGAAUAUCGUCAAGCUCCACGAAGUCAUGGCGACCAAGUCCAAGAUAUAUCUCAUCAUGGAGUACGCCGCCGGCGGCGACCUCCUCACCUGGCUGCACCGCCGCGGCCCCGCUCUGGAGUCCGCCGCCCGCCAUUACUUCCAGCAGCUCGUCGCCGCCCUGCGCUACUGCCACGCCCGCGGCGUCGCCCACCGGGACGUCAAGCCACAGAACCUCCUCCUCGACGGCGACGGCAACCUCAAGGUCUCCGACUUCGGCCUCUCCGCGCUCCCCGACCAGCUCCGCGAAGACGGCCACCUCCACACGGCCUGCGGCACCCCGGCCUUCGCGGCGCCGGAGGUCGCUCGCGGGAAGGGCUACGACGGCGCCAAGGCGGACGCGUGGUCGUGCGGCGUCAUCCUCUUCGUCCUCCUGGCGGGAUCGCUGCCGUUCGACGACGCGAAUCUGGCCCAAAUGUACAGAACGAUCUACAAGCGGGCGUACGAGUUCCCGAAGGGGAUGUCCCGGUCGGCACGGCGGCUGGUGGCGAGGCUUCUGGAGCCGAACCCGGAGAGGAGGAUGACGAUUGGGGAAUUGGCGGAUCACCCUUGGUUGAAGAGGUCGCUGAGUCUGGAUUCCCAGCUGAGCCUGAUGGAAUCGGCAAAGGCGGAGGAUACCACCAGUGCUGCAUUGGAUCCACCGGCCAUGAAUGCUUUCGACAUAAUCGUAGCACUGUCGUCGGCAUUGGAUUUGACGGGAUUGUUCGAUGAGGAUGGGAAGAGGAGGGAGAGGAGGUUCACGUCGACGGCGUCGGUGGAGAGGAUCAUGGGAAGGAUGGAGGAGAUGGGGUUGAAAUCGGGGUUCUCGGUUGAGAGGAGGAGGAAUGGAGGUGGGGUUGGGAUGGGGAGGUGGGGGUCGGUGGUAUUGGUGGCGGAGGUGGCGGAGGUGGCGGCGCCGCUGCUUCUGGUGGAGCUGAAGGUGGAGGAUGGCAGCGGAGGCGAUGGCGAGGGAUUUGGGUGGGGAGAAUUGAGAGCGGGGCUGGGGGAUAUUGUAUCUGCUUGGCAUAGUAGCGAGGAUUGACGAGGGCAAAGGCUACUCCAGAAUGUUGCAACAUCUAGAGAGGAAGUUUUUACUUUAACUCACCGGAACCGCUUAGUUUUUUUUCAUUAUUAUUAUUUUUGUUUUUUUUUGUCCUUUUCCUUUUUGACAUGGCAUGGAAUAGAUGAUGGAUUGGAUUGGAAAGACCAGCCCAGGAAAG